GACACUAUUAAAAGGAGAUGUCAGAUCACUUGCUCACGACAGCCUGCUUAACCUCCACAACUCCAUCUACACCAACCUUCAUCUACAAUGAGGUCUCUAGUGGCACUCAUGUUCAUCUGCAUGCUUUUACCCAAAGCUGCUGUUGGCCAACUGAGCUGCUAUUCCUGUGAUCCCCCAAACUGCAAAACAUUUACUAAGAAGACUUGUGCUGAUGGAGAGGAUUCCUGCCUCAGUGCAACAGCCACUGACGGCAUGAAUAAGUUUACUUAUAAGACUUGUGCAAGUCAGAUGAAGUGUAUCCUGACUCAAGUUCUAGGAUUUACUCUUGAAGAUGUGAAGUGUUGUCAGACGAACCUGUGUAACGGUGCUGAGAUCUUCACACUGAGUUUCCUCCUCAUGUUUGUCCCUCUGAUCUCCUCCCUGCUCUUCUUCUGAGCUCUGAUAAAAAAGCAGACAUAAACUUCACUGUAACGUCAUGUAUAACAUACGUUCUGUCAAUAAACUUUGUUGGCUCAUAA